AUGCCAUUCUUCCUCAAUGAUGGUGCCCAAAAAAGGAAAGGCAAAUCGAGCAACGUAAAGGGAUCGAAGAGGAAGACUCUGAAUUCUACGCAUGAAGCAAAAGGAGCGGCAAAGCGAAAAAAAAUUCUGGAUGACGAGGUUAUUUUGUCUGAUGAAGAGUAUUCCGAUGACGAAGAUGCGUAUGCAGCUGGUUCCGGCUCGGAUGGCGAAUAUGAAGAUAGCAAGGAUAAAGAAUACAGACAAGCAAAAGAUCUACUUGAUCAGCUCAUCGCGGAAGGUGAUCUUGGCGACGAAGAUGGAGAUUCAGAAGAAGAGGCUGCACAUGCAAACAUUGGGGAGAAGCUCAAGGAAGUUGCAUCAAUCAAAACUGGAACGUUUCAUCGAAAAGUUGCAAAUAAGCUCGAAGUAGUCGAAGGUCAAGAAACAUCACAUGGAAGGCACAGAUUUACGCCUUUAAGUGUGGCUUUCUCUCCGUGUGCGGAGUUCAUCUUUAGUACAGGGAAAGACUCACAAGUGGUAAAGUAUAGCCUCAAAAAGAAGCAAACGAUUGGUGUAAUUCGACGGGAAAAAGCAAACGGAAAAAUGCAAGACGCACACUCUGGCCAUAUUUUUGCAGUAGCUGUGUCUCCAGAUGGAAAAUAUGUUGCAACUGGCGGAGUCGAUUGCUUAAUAAAAAUUUGGGAUGCAUCAUCGUUAAAGUUCCUGAAAGAUUUGAAAGGACAUCUACAGCCAAUAACUUCCUUAUGCUUUCGUCUUAAAUCGACACAACUUUUUUCGUCAAGCAAAGACCGAAUGGUUAAGCUUUGGGAUUUGGAACAGAUGGGCUUGCUCGACACGAUGUUUGGUCACCAGGAUGCGGUACUGUCAAUUGACUGCUUGAACAAAGAACGUGUCCUAAGUUGUGGAGGUCAAGAUCGAUCAGUUAGAUUGUGGAAGGUCGAUACGGAAAGCCAGCUGGUUCUAAAUGGCUCUCACGAUUGCGGAAGUAUUGAUUGUGUUGCGAUGCUCAAUGAAGACCAUUUUGUUAGCGGAUCAGCUGAUGGAUCGUUAUGUGUCUGGUCAAUAUUUAAGAAGAAGCCUACAACUGUCAAAAAGUGUGCUCAUGAUCGCAAUAACAAACAGGAACCUUUUUGGAUUGUAUCUGUUGCGGCUUUGCCAUUUACCGAUCUAGUGGCAUCCGGCUCAAAUAAUGGCGAAUUACGUUUCUGGCGCGUUGCUGAUGACUACAAAACUCUUCUUUUGACUUACACGUACGAAAUGAAAGGUUUCAUUAAUCAAAUUCGCUUCUCAAAUGAUGGAAAUUUUGUAUCCUGCGCUACAGGUCAAGAACACAAGUUCGGUAGAUGGUGGGUCGACUUGGAAGCGCGAAAUAAGAUAUUUGUCCUGCCGCUAACAUAUGGCCAAGAAGAAAUUCCACACGUCAAUAGC